AGCUGCACCACAAGAAGCAGCAGCAGAAGGGGUAGCAGGAGCAGCAGCAGCGUUGUAGGAGGAGAUAGAAGCAGGAGCAGCAGAAAGGGUAGCCGUAGAAGCAGCAGCAGCAGCCGGGCAAGAAGGGGAGGCAGGUGACUUGAAGGUCGCCGGCAGUGAGAGAGAGAAGUCACCUGAUCCAGGCGAGCGCACACCUCCGAGGCAACCCCUAACCCGAACAGAUGAGGGGAAAGCGAGAGAGGGCGAGCAUCGCCAGCGUGGGCUAGAAAGGGAGGCUGGCACUUUUUGGAGCGAGCCUCCCUGCCAAGUACCGGACCCGGGAGACUGGUCACCUUAACUAUGUCCCAGCCGGUGGACAGGAUGCACUCCAAAAGGGCAGGGAUCCGGGCGGCUGUGGUUCUCAUAGGGUUGUUGCACAAGUCGCGAAAGCAAAAUAAAGAGAAAAGGAAACAGGAGCUGUCCAACAAUUCUGAUGCACCCCUUUCAGAUGGACCUCUUUCCCCUCCCCUCACGGCGCCCCCAACCAUGAAGUCUGCAGAAUUCUUUGAGAUGCUGGAGAAAAUGCAGGGAAUCAAGCUGGAAGAACAGAAAACAGGAAGUCAGAAAAACAAGGAUGACUACAUCCCGUACCCCAGCAUUGAUGAGAUCUUGGAAAAGGGGCCCCCAUACCCCAUGGUGAUCCUCCCUCAGUUUGGAGGCUACUGGAUCGAGGAUCCCGAGAACCUCUGCACCCCGACAUCUUCCGAGAGCAGCAUCGGCGAGGAGGAGGAGACAGAGGGCCUCAGCCCCAGCACAUUUGGCUACCGGUUAGAGUGUAAAGGAGAAGCCAGGGCCUACAGGAAGCACUUCCUGGGGAAGGAUCACUUAAAUUUUUACUGUACAGCCAGCAGCCUUGGAAACCUCAUCCUUUCCAUUAAGUGCGAGGAGGUGGACGCGGUGGAAUACCUACGGAUUAUACUCAGGUCCAAAGUGAAAACAGUCCACGAACGGAUUCCCUUGACAGGACUGAGCAAGCUUCCCAGCAUUCCUCAGAUUGCCAAGGCGUUCUGCGAUGAUGCCGUCGGACUGAAAUUCAAUCCUGUCCUGUACCCCAAGGCUUCACAAAUGAUAGUGUCAUAUGAUGAACAUGAAGUGAACAACACAUUCAAGUUUGGUGUUAUAUAUCAAAAAGUCAAACAGACCCAGGAGGAGGAGUUGUUUGGGAACAAUGAAGAGAGCCCUGCCUUCAGAGAGUUCUUGAGUUUGCUGGGGGACACUGUCACGCUCCAGGACUUUAAAGGGUUCCGAGGGGGCUUGGAUGUGACCCAUGGCCAGACGGGGACGGAGUCUGUGUACACUGUGUUCAGGGACAGAGAGAUCAUGUUUCAUGUCUCCACGAAGCUGCCUUUCACUGAAGGAGACAACCAACAGCUGCAGAGAAAGAGACACAUUGGUAAUGAUAUCGUGGCGAUUAUAUUUCAAGAGGAAAACACUCCGUUUGUACCCGACAUGAUUGCUUCAAAUUUCCUGCACGCUUACAUCGUUGUGCAAGCCCAGCACCUGGAUUCUGAAACCACAUCCUAUAAGGUCUCUGUCACCGCUCGAGAAGAUGUUCCUCCCUUUGGCCCAUCCCUGCCCAGCCCGCCCGUGUUUCAAAAGAGCCCAGAAUUCCGGGAAUUUCUGCUGACCAAGCUCACCAAUGCAGAGAAUGCCUGCUGCAAGUCUGACAAGUUUGCAAAGCUGGAGGACCGGACCCGGGCUGCCCUGCUAGACAACCUGCACGAUGAACUCCACGCCCACACGCAGAUCAUGCUGGGGCUUGGGCCCGAGGAGGAUAAAUUUGAGAAUGGGAGCCACGGGGGGAUCCUGGAGUCCCUUAAGAGAGCCAUACGUGUCCGCAGCCACUCGAUGGAGACCAUGGUGGGAACCCAGCGGAAGCAUCACAGUGGAGGCAUUCCGGGGAGCCUCAGUGGGGGGAUCCCCCACAACAGCGUGGAAGUCACCAAGACCACUUUCUCCCCCCCCGUCACGGUGGCCACCACCAAGAAUCAGUCCCGGAGCCCCAUCAAACGGCGGUCCGGACUGUUCCCUCGCCUGCACACGGGGGCCGAGGGCCAGGGGGACACCCGGACCCGAUGUGACAGUGUGUCUGCCACCCAGAAGACCUCAGAUGGUGGGCACUCUUCUCAAGACAUGAAAUCAGAGACCUCAUCCAAUCCCAGCUCCCCUGAAAUAUGCCCCAACAAAGAAAAGCCCUUCAUCAAGCUGAAAGAGAACGGUCGGUCCAACAUCUCCCGCUCCUCAUCCAGCACCAGCAGCUUCAGCAGCACAGCGGGCGAGAGCGAAACCAUGGAAGAGUACGAUAGCAUGGGCAGCCAGCCAGCCACGGCCUCCCCCUACAAACAGGAAGUGUUUGCCUACAGCCCCUCCCCGAGCAGUGAGAACCCCAGCCCGGCGGUGGCCGCCACCCCAGUCAUCAUGAGCAGGAGCCCCACAGAUGUGAAGAGCAGAAACUCCCCGAGGUCCUCCAACCUGAAGUUUCGCUUUGAUAAACUCAGCCACUCCAGCGCCAGUCCUGGCCACUAGUGGGAGAGAGGAGCUGGUAAACUUGGUAAAGGGAAGUCCUGUUUUAACCCAGGAAAAACUCUUCUGAGAAGUGGGAAUGUCCCCGUCCACUACACACUAAUAAGAGCAGCUGCAGCGCAUCUUGCAGGAUUGCAUUGCAAUCCUCCAGUUCCUCAGACAGGCUUUCGUGCUGAGGGGAGACCCUGCUUUUUCUCCACCGUGUUCCCAUCCCCAAGGGCUCUCUCUCUCAGCAGCAGGGCCCCCUCCUCAGUCCCCUUGGGGUAGACCACCCCUACCAUGUAGCAUACACUGUACCCACAGCUGCACCACCCGUGGGCCUGAUACGUGGAAAUAUACUCCCCCCGUGUGCCCUGUUUAUGUACCAUGGCUGUUUGUCUCUCAGAGACGAUGAGGUGCUGUCCACCUUGUGUUGUCUUAGAGGGGAUGGGCUUUUCCAGCGGAAGAUCUAGUUCUCCUGGGCAGCCCUUGCCGCCUGCCCCUGGAUGCUUUUCUUUAGGGCCUUAGGCAUGUUUGUGAGGACUGAGAGAGGAGAUCACAGAGGUCCACAGAUCAGACUGCAUCCCUCCUCGCUUUUGCUUCGUUGGUGCUUCGUUCUGGGACCUGGGAUUAACUCCAUCCCCACUCAGAGUUUCUUGGGGGCUAGGGAAUAUAGUCUGCUAUUGGCCAAUGAGCCCCUUGGCUAGUUGUGAACAGUAGGAGAUAGUUCUGUUUGCAGCUUUUGGACUACUCCUGACAAAGCAGAGGUGGGGAGGAUGCCCAAUGGACACUCCUCGGGGGAGACUCUGGAGAAUUCAGGGGCUGACCCAAGCCCUCCCAGCCCUAUCCCAAACCCUUCCUCCUUGGGUGGGCUGAUGGCCCCAUAUGCUUUCUCCAUCAUGGCAGUCUUAGAAGGUCUGAGGGCUGUCCUGAUGCUCUCCCUCAGUGGACACCCUGGAGGAACACUGGGAAGCUCUUUAGAUCCCUUGGGCCUUGGCUUCCUGCUCCCUGAGGAACAUACUAGCUCUUGGCGUAGUUCUCCGAUUGGUCCAUUCCCUCCCCCGAUCUGUUUCCAGGUGGUAGUCUUGGUCCAGUCAGGGGGCAUUUCAGUUUCUAAGCCUUCCUUGCCUGCUGGUUUAUGAUGGUGAGGAUGGGGCUUCCCUCGUCCAUGCCCUGCCAUUUUCCUGAAGGGGAUUUCCUGCCCAGCAGGGGAAGUUGGUGGAUUCAGCCCUGCAGUGGUAGGGUCAGGGAGGGUAGAGGUGGCUUGGGAGAGGCUGUGGGGAUUUUAGGGAGUUGUGGUAGGUGGUGGCUUUAAGGCCCAGACUGGAGUCUCCACUGGAGUCUGGGAAGUGUAGCUGUGGUAAAAAAGGUCAAGGGUGAGAUGAACCCGCCGUCCACCAAUCAGCAGAUAUGCCCACUGAACCCCUCCUGGGCCAGCCGGUGACUCCUCAGUGGGUUUCCAUGCGGUCCUUUUAAUGCAUAUUGGCUUCCUGCCCCUGCCCAAUGCCCACAGGGUGAGAUGACUCAGAGCAGAAAUGCCCCACCCAGCCCAGGGAGGUUAAAGAGCAGUUGUGUCAUGCUUGCUGGUAGAAUUCUUUUGUUUUUUUGCUUUCCUCAAAUUCUUCCAAGAACCAAGUUCCCCAUUUGAAUCUGGAUCCAAGAGUGAUGGGGUGAUCUACUGGCAAUCCCCAUCCAGGUUCCUUGGCCAUCUCAGGGUGGCUUGUGCUGGAGGGAGGUUGUCAUGGUCUCCAAGAGCAGGAGGAGACUGGGCCCCGAUGCCCAGUCUCGGAGAUCGGAGGCAAACCCAUGGGCAGCGAGAGCGGGUUCGGAUUGCUAUACCCCUCUUGGUCUUGCUGGAAACACCAGAACCACAUCCCUCUAAUUGCUCCCUCCCUGCUGCUAAAGAGUGAAGCCAGAGGUGAUUAAGGACAGGUGCUGCCUCUUGGGGCACUAAACUCCUCCCUAGUUGACUAUGGUCUCGUCUCCCAGUGGCUCGUGGGGUCAGGGGAACGGCGGGCUCACCAGCUGGCCAGAGUAUGAUGUGCUCUCACGAUUCAUCCCCUCUGCACCUUUCCUUGGUCCAAGCUUGAAUUCGGAGUGAUGUUGAGGCCCAGAGGCGUCCUCCAUCCCAAAACCUCCCCCCAGUUCACCGUCCAUCAGCCAGAGUCUAAACGUUGGUCUCUGUGAGACCGAGUUGGGAAACUCGUGUUUCAUGGUCUUUGAGGUAGGGCCCGGCUCUUGUAGGCCCCUGCAGCUGUGAGGGAGUCCCAACAGCUGGGCUCUGGGAGAAGGCUCCUGAAGUCUGUGGUGAACGGUCAGCCUGUCCGUUUGCUUCUUUGCUGGCCUGCAGAUACUGUCCCAUCUCAAUCCCCCAAAGCCCUUGAGACCCUUAAACCCAAUGCAGAAGGCUAUCUCUGCCUGGGUCUCUGAGAGCAGAUGGUUUUGAAUUUAAACAAAUUUCAUCUCCCACUCCACCAGGCAGGAAACCUUAGAAGAAGGUCCCUGUGGAGUUAGUGGUUGAUCCUCGUAUUAGACGUUAAACUCAACGAGCCAGACAGUAGUUGGCUCUCGUUUUCUUGUGCUUAUCUCUUAAGGUAUGGGCAAAAACUGUAAAAAGGAAAAACUGUUGAUUUCAUUUCCCAAAUUGAGAAAAAGCCAGUCUGUGGUUCGGGACAAUUCUGGCUCCCCCAAGCACCCCAAGGGGUGGCUGAGCCCUCUAAGGGCCAAGUGGCCUUCUUGGAUUUGUUGAAUGGUGCCCACUGGAUUGGGCGGUCACCCCUCCACCGCCCCCCGGGGUUGGGAUGGGCUGCUCCCCCCCAGAGAUGAUAAUAGCAGAGGGGAGUUAGACACAGAGCUGGCUUCAGGGCUCGGAUGUUUGGAUCUCACCUGACAGCUCAGGGAAUCUGGAGGGAAACAAAGCCAAUUUGAUCUGGUUCCAUCACCCUCGGCCCAGGAGACCCUUGGGAGUCUCCAUGGCAACGGGGGGCAGACUGAGUCCGGAGGGGAGCCGAGAGUUGGGGGGCAGGGGGGUCCAGACCUGAAAGGAGAUCUUUGUACCUUUCAACGUGCUGCUUGUCUCCGGCUCUAUCCGGAUCCUAUGAAGCAUAGGCAAUGUGGUUUAUUUACAAAGGGGGGGAUGAAUUCUCACCCGUCUUUUCCUUUGUGAUGUUCAGCUAUCGGGUCCUUUUGUUUCAGCUUGAAUGAGUGAAGUUGUUUUCUGUUGUUUAAAAUCUCCAAGCAUGUUGGCCAACUUUUCGUUUCCCCCCUACCAUGAAUGUAGCAUUGUGAGACUCCGGUGAAGGAGAAACUUCUGAGUUUAUGAUGUUCAAAUGUGAAGAGAGUGGCUAAGCGUGACAAAAUCGAAGAACUGUAUCUCAGAAAUUAUUUUAUUACUUUUUAGAAAGCAGGUGCUUUGUAGAGUCUCUGGUCGCCUAUGUUUUGUAAAUAUUGUACAUUUAAUUUAUUGCUAUGGUAGCCCAUUGUACCGGUUAUGUAUAAAACAGAUUCUAAAAGGUUCACAAAUGUAUAUUUUGUUGCUUAAAUGUGUCUUUGCAAAAAUUCACAAUAAAUAACAUAUUUUGUGUC